AUGCAGCGGUUUGUGCUCAGGGUAACAGGUGUAAGCUUUAGUAGGAGAAAUUUAGUAUUAUUGCCCUUGACGUGUAUCCUACUUUGGAUACAUGAGCCGAUCGAUGGCCAGCCAGCAGAGCAAAAUCCAUCAAUCGAUCCAAAUCAUCAUAUUCCAGGUAGCAGUCUAUGCUACGACGACCUCAACUUGCCACAGCGCUGCGUUCCUGAUUUCAUCAAUGCUGCAUUCAACCUUCAGGUUGAAGUCACGAAUACUUGUGGUAUGAAUGGACCCACAAGCUACUGUGUACAAACAGGUCAUAGUGGUGUGCGCAAAGUAUGCGAUAUUUGCGAUAAUAACAUUGAGGCUUAUGCUCACCCUCCAGCUUAUCUAACGGAUUUCAAUAAUGCUAAUAACGAAACUUGGUGGCAGUCAGAAACGAUGAACGAAGGUGUACAGUUUCCAAAUAGUGUCAAUUUGACAUUGCAACUUGGAAAAACUUUUGACAUUACUUACGUUAGAUUGAAAUUUAUCAGUCCAAGACCGGAAAGUUUCGUUAUUUUUAAGAAAACUCGUCCUGAUGAUGACUGGAUUCCAUGGCAGUAUUAUAGUGGGUCAUGCCGGUCAACUUAUGGGGUACCAGAGAAAGCACCUAUUUUGCCCGGGAAUGAAGCAGUCGCGCAAUGCACUCGAGAAUUCUCCGAUAUUUCCCCUUUAACCGGCGGUAAUAUAGCAUUUUCAACUUUGGAAGGUCGACCAAGUAGUCAGAAUUUUGAGGAGAGCGAAACACUUCAGGACUGGGUCACGGCAUCAGAAAUAAGGAUUAUGCUCACUCGAAUGAACACCUUUGGUGAAGAAGUUUUCCGUGACGUAAAAGUUCUACGAUCUUACUAUUACGCAAUAUCAGACUUUGCUGUCGGUGGAAGAUGUAAAUGUAAUGGUCAUGCCAGUGAAUGUGUGAAAUCCACAGGUGAUGGAGAAGAUCGCUUAGUUUGUCGCUGUGAGCACAAUACGAUGGGAGCUGAUUGCGAUCAGUGCUUACCAUUUUACAACGAUCGACCUUGGCGAGCUGGCACUGCUAAGGAAGCUAAUGAAUGUUUUGCUUGUAAUUGUAGCCAUUUGUCCAAUCGUUGCUACUUUGAUCAGGCAUUAUUUGAACGCACAGGAAGUGGUGGACAUUGCAUUGAUUGUGCUGGCAAUACUCAGGGUGCACACUGUGAAGAAUGCGCACCUUUUAAUUGGCGUCGACCAGGUGACCAUUAUUGCAUUCCAUGUCAGUGCAGCGAAAUUGGCUCAUUAAGUAUGCAGUGUGAUGACCAUGGCCAAUGUUCCUGCAAACCCGGAGUUGAUGGCCAGUAUUGUGACCGCUGCAUGACCGGAUACUACGAAUUUUCAACAAGUGGAUGCAAGAAUUGUUUAUGUGAGGAAAGUGGCUCGUUGAACAAUGAACCGCGUUGUAACUCGGAUACUGGUAGCUGUAAAUGCAAACUGAACGUAGAGGGCCAACAGUGUAACAAAUGCAAGCCUGGAUAUUUUGACCUAUCACUGGACAAUCAGUUUGGAUGUACGCCAUGUUUUUGUUACGGUCACUCAUCCAUCUGUUCCAGUGCUGAUGGCUACUAUGUUAUGAAUAUUAGCAGCACAUUUAUUGAUGGAAAAGAACGUUGGGCCGCAGAAAGUUUGCGUGGACCACAAGAUAUUCAAUGGGCUGAGAUGGAUAAAGCUGUCGCUAUUUCUGAUACCGAUGGAACCGCUGUGUAUUUUGUUGCACCUCCUCAAUAUACUGGUGACCAACGUGCUGUUUAUAACCAAGACUUGUGGUUUACUUUGCGAGUGCAAAAGGCACAAGUACAUCCAAGCGCAAGAGAUAUUAUAAUUGUUGGUCAAGAAGGUCAAGAGUUAACGAUACCAAUAUUCGCACAAGAGAAUCCAAUGCCAGACGUAAAUGAACAAAUGUAUCGUUUUCGGAUCCACGCAAAUCCCAUAUUUCAGUGGAGUCCACGUUUGAACGAACUAGAUUUUAUUGGAAUAUUGUCGAAUGUUAGCGCCCUUAAAAUUCGUGGGACUUAUUCUGCCCAAGGCAAAAUUUUUUUGAUUCUUACAGCUUAUUUUCAAUUUGUAAUAUAUCGAAUUUGUAUAAUUUUAGAUCUUGGUUUCUUGAGUAAUGUAAAUUUGGGCUCAGCAAGCUUGACUCCAUCAGGCGAGCAGCCGAAGGAAGCACAUUGGAUAGAAUCUUGCAGUUGCUUAGAAGGUUUUGUUGGACAGUUUUGUGAAUCAUGCGCUCCAGGAUAUCGCCGUGAAAUCAAAUUCGGAGGACCAUUCGAUCGUUGCGUAAAGUGUGAGUGCCAUGGACACUCCACCUCGUGUGCAUCAGAAUCAGGGGAAUGCAUAUGUGAGCAUAAUACGGCUGGUGACACAUGCGAGCGUUGUGCACGUGGAUAUUACGGUAAUGCGUUGCAAGGAACAGUGGAUGAUUGCACAAAGUGCCCAUGUCCUGAGAAUGGACCUUGUGUUUUGCACACUGAUGGCGAUAUCAUAUGUACUGAUUGUCCGAUUGGAUAUACGGGUCGCAGGUGUGAUGGUUGCGCAGAUGGUUUCUUUGGUGCUCCAAACAAAGAUAAACCAUGUUUAGAAUGCACAUGUAGUGGUAACAUCGAUCCAAAUAGUAUCGGAAAUUGCGAUUCGUUUACUGGCGAGUGUAAGAAGUGCAUUUACAAUACAGUUGGCUUCUACUGUGAGGAAUGCAAGCCUGGUUAUUGGGGUAACGCUCUGUUAGUACCGAAAGGCGACUGCAAAGCCUGCAACUGUUUUGCGCCAGGUACUAAACGUCCAGACGUUGAUUACGUGAUGUUAGAGUGUCGUCAAAGCGAUGGACAAUGUGACUGUCAAGAUCACGUAAUUGGUGCCCAAUGUGAUCAGUGUGAGGUAAUACUUUUAAUCUUUAAUCUUUAA